AGGGUCUCGUGACGCCGUGUAAGGAUCGCGAGCAGUGACCAAAAAAAAGGAGCCGCGUGGGAUGCUGGGAGUUGUAGUUUUGUUGACACCAUUUUUUUUUCUUCCAAUCGAGACAUUUGCAUCCCGCGUGAGGAGAACAAACGGAUCCUGAAGCAGAUUGUGACGUCGGUCUCCCGCUGCAGACAUGGAAGAAAAGACUCCGCUGCUGAACAAAAGACCCACAUCGACUGAAUCCAAGAUCCAAAACUCCAAACUGUUCCUGGCGGUCUUCACCGCCGUCCUGGGGAACUUCAGCUUCGGUUACUCCCUGGUCUACUCGUCCCCGGUCCUGCCGAGGCUCACGGCCCCCGACGCCGACCCCAGGCUCAGGAUGGGCCCGGAGCAGGCCGCUUGGUUCGGCUCCAUCUACAUGCUGGGCGCAGCGGCCGGCGGCCUCGGCGCCAUGCUGCUCAACGACAUGAUCGGACGCAAGCUGAGCAUCAUGACGUCAGCGGUGCCGUCGGCUAUUGGGUACAUGCUGAUGGGAGGGGCUGUCGACAUAUGGAUGCUCCUUCUGGGCCGGUUCCUCACAGGCGUGGCCGGGGGGAUGACCGCGGCAUCUAUUCCUGUUUACAUCUCGGAGAUCUCCCACAAAGCGGUGAGAGGAGCUUUGGGCUCCUGCCCUCAGAUCACCGCUGUGUUCGGGGCCCUGGUGCUCUACGCCAUGGGUCCGGUGGUGCCGUGGCGGUGGCUGGCGGUGGCGGGGGAGGUCCCGGCCCUGUUGAUGGUCGCGCUGCUGGUCUUCAUGCCCAGCUCGCCCAGGAGGCUGCUGGCUCUGGGCAGAGAGCAGCAGGCCGAGGGGGCCCUGCGCUGGCUGAGGGGGGACCACUACGACACACGCACUGAGCUCAGCGCAAUACAGGAGAGCAUCGACAAACAGGAAAAAGUCACAUGGUCGCGACUGGCCACACCCAUCUACUACAAACCAAUCCUGAUCUCAGUGGUGAUGCGUUUCCUGCAGCAGAUGACGGGCAUCACGCCCAUGCUGGUCUACCUGGAGACCAUCUUCUCCAAAAGCAACAUGUCUCUGCCGCCCGGGUAUGACGCCAUCAUCGUAGGCGCGGUCCGCCUCCUCUCCGUCGUCGUGGCAGCCAGUUUGAUGGACAGGGCGGGACGCAAAGCUCUGCUGUACACGUCGAGCCUGCUGAUGUUCCUGUCCGCUCUGACUCUGACCAUGAACUCCCACACCGCAGCUCGCCCUCCGGGCCCCGGCCCUCCUAACCUCACCAUGAGUUCAGACCUCAGCCCCCAUAAUGCCUUUGGAAACCCUUUGGAUGCCGGCCCCCAAACUGCAGCAGGCCUCAUCCCUCUCAUCAGCACCAUGAUGUUCAUAUUUGGAUACGCCAUGGGAUGGGGCCCCAUCACGUGGCUGCUGAUGUCAGAGGUGCUGCCGCUGGUUACCAGGGGCGUGGCCUCGGGCCUGUGCGUGACCGUCAGCUGGCUGACGGCCUUCGUCCUCACGCACGCCUUCUCGCACCUGGUGGACAGGUACGGCCUGUACGUGCCCUACCUGGGCUUCACGGUGGUGUGCGUCCUCUGUCUGCUGUUCACCGCCGUGUGCAUCCCGGAGACCCGCGGCCGCUCGCUGGAAGAGAUCGAGAACUAUUUCAGGACGGGGCGGACGUUCACCAUCAGCAGGAGCGCGUCCGUGGUAGAGUCGGAUCGCGGCCGUUAGAGGUGGAGGGAGGCGACGGCGUACGGCACUCUGAGGAGAGGACUUCAAGAAUAAGACCUCGGGGUCUGAAGAGCGAUUCACUUUGGGUCACGGUUAGAUACUGACACAUAAUGUACCAACAGGAGGACAUCAUCCUGUUGCUAAAUAAACGGGACACAUGUUGUAAAUAUUUUAUAUUUACGAAAUGAAUAGUGUAGAUCAUUUGAAAUCUGAAAAUCUUUUGCGGCCCACCCAAACCUUUAAUCACAACUCUGAUCCAAACGUAAACUAGGGAUGAUUAAAUGACC